CGCCGAUCUGCCCGGCCUCGCUGCUUUAAAUACCGAGGCCUCCAAGUGCCAAAAUGCAAGGGUCACCAAGCACAAGCAUCCUCCAAACGCUCUCUGCUAGCUGCCGCCUCUUGCCGAUGGCGACACCCUCCAUGGACGUCGAAGCUGGAAGUAACAAAAGGAAGAAGGGUGUGUACCAAGAUCUUGUCCUAGCUUACAAGACUCUGGGCGUCGUCUUCGGCGGCCUCGUCACCUCGCCCCUCUACGUCUACCCCUCCAUGAACCUGAGAAACCCCACGGAGCAGGACUACCUGGGGAUAUUCAGCAUCAUGUUCUGGACGCUGACCCUGAUCGGCGUCGUCAAGUACAUCUGCAUAGCUCUCAACGCCGACGACCACGGCGAAGGCGGCACGUUCGCCAUGUACUCUCUGCUCUGCCAGCACGCCAACAUCGGCGUCCUCCCGUCCAAGAAGAUCUACGUCGAAGAGCCGGAGGGCCUGGCGGCCUCGGCCCGGCCUGCUGCCGGCGUGGUGGCCGGACGGCCCAGCAGGCUGAGGAGAUUCAUCGAGGGCAGCCUCGUCGCCAGGCGGCUGCUGCUGCUCACGGUCAUUCUGGGCAUGUGCAUGCUCAUCGGGGAUGGGAUCCUGACGCCCGCUAUUUCAGUCUUGUCGGCGAUAGAUGGGCUGAGAGGCCCCUUCCCAUCCGUCAGUAAACCUGUCGUGGAGGGUCUGUCCGCGGCGAUCCUGGUGGGGCUGUUCUUGCUGCAGAAGUACGGCACAUCGAGAGUGAGCUUCAUGUUCUCGCCGAUCAUGGCGGCAUGGACGUUCACCACCCGGAUCAUCGGCGCGUACAGCGUCUGGCGCUACUACCCGGGCGUCUUCAAGGCCACUUCGCCGCACUACGUCGUCAUGUUCUUCAUGGCCAACAAGAGGAGAGGCUGGCAGCUGCUGGGCGGCACCGUGCUCUGCAUCACGGGCGCCGAGGCCAUGUUCGCCGAUCUCGGACACUUCAGCAAGAGGUCGAUCCAGAUCGCGUUCCUCUCCGGCGUGUACCCGUCCCUGGUUCUGACCUACGCCGGGCAGACGGCGUACCUGAUCAAGAACGUGGACGACUUCGGCGACGGGUUCUACAAGUUCGUGCCGCGGGCCGUGUACUGGCCCAUGUUCGCCGUGGCGACGCUGGCGGCGAUCGUGGCGAGCCAGUCGCUGAUCUCAGCCACCUUCUCCGUGGUGAAGCAGUCGGUGGCGCUGGACUACUUCCCGCGCGUCAGGGUGGUGCACACGUCGAGGGACAAGGAAGGGGAGGUGUACUCUCCGGAGGCCAACUGGGUGCUCAUGCUGCUCUGCGUCGGCGUCGUCAUCGGCUUCGGCGACGGCAAGGACAUCGGCAACGCCUUCGGGGUGGUUGUCAUCCUGGUCAUGCUCAUCACCACCGUCCUGCUCACGCUCGUGAUGCUCAUCAUCUGGGGCACCCACGUGGCGCUGGUGGCGCUCUACUUCGUGCCGUUCCUGGCCAUGGAGGGCGCCUACGUGAGCGCGGUGUGCACCAAGGUGUUGAAGGGCGGGUGGCUGCCGUUCGCGGUGUCGGUGGUGCUGGCGGUGGUGAUGUUCGGAUGGUACUACGGGCGGCAGAGGAAAGCAGAGUACGAGAUGGCGAACAAGGUGACCCUGGAGCGGCUCGGCGAGCUCCUGCCCGGCGUGCACCGCGUCCCGGGGCUCUGCUUCUUCUACAGCAACGUGCCCACGCAGCAGGACUGGCUCACCCCGGUGCUCGCGCACUACGUGAAGAACGUGCGGUCGCUGCACGGGGUGACCGUGUUCCUCACGCUCCGGUACUUGCUGGUGGCCAAGGUGGACGCCAAGGACCGGGUGGCCGUCGUCCGGCGGCUCGCCGGCGGGGUCUACGGGUGCACGAUGCAGUACGGCUACGCCGACCGGCUCGAUUUCGAGGAGGACGACCUUGUGGGGCAAGUGGUGAGCGCGCUGAGGGAGCUCAUGGAGACGGAAGGGGAGGAGGAGGUGGCGAGGCUGGAGGAGGCGAGGGCGGCCGGGGUGGUGCACGUCAGGGGCAAGAUGAGGUUCCACAUCGGCAAGGACACGGGGUUCUUUGACCGGGUGCUGCUCGGCUUCUACGAGUUCCUCCAUGGCGCGUGCCGCUCCGCGCUGCCGGUGCUCGGCGUCCCGCUGCAGCAGCGCGUCGAGAUCGGCAUGCUCUGCAAGGCCUGACAUACGCCACGCGUGUGCUUGCGAAGCACACGCGGCGAUUUGCGUCCCUGUUUCCGUGAUUAAGUUUGUGGUACUGUAGGCGUGUGCCGGAGAGCAGCCCGUUUGGUUUUUUGGUCUACGCUGCUAGUACUGAACUAGCAAGGUGUAUUUGUUUUUAUAAAUUUUUAGAUUUUUAGAAAACAUACGUAUGGUUAUAUUAUUUUAAAAAACUCUAACAAAUGAUAGGUGUAUGUCAUUCAUGUGUGAUAUAGGGCAAUUAGUUGUUUGUAAAAUCUGACAUGUGUGUUUGUGUUUGUGUUUGUGAGAAACAUCUCUUAGUUUGGUGGUAAAA